ACAAAUAUGUGACGUAGAAUUUUUGCCGAUAAAAAGAAAUUGAAGUUAUCGCGCCCGCAAACGCGCAUUAUGGCAUUUGUUACAGUUAGUAGAACAGACAGCUAAUAAUAAAUUGCAGAGAUAAUGCGCGCGGACGCGCGCGCGCGCGGGACGUAAUAAUCCCGCCUCGAGAACAUUUGGCGUCGGGCGCGGUUGAUAAUGUCGGCGCUCUUUAAUUAUCCCCGGAUACACUCCGGAUAAACCUUACCUACCAAUUCUUCGCGUCGCGUUUCGUCGACGACUCGCUCGACCGUCGGGGCGGCGCGGUUGGAUUUCGGAGCGUUUCGAAUUUAUUUACGCGUUGAAUCAUCAGCGGUGAUCGUGUCUCUCUCUCUCUCUCUGCGAUUUGUGUUGUAUACCGUAAUUCAAACAUAUAUUAUACAUGCCUUCGAACGUUUCUGAUCGAUUAAAUAUUACGCGAAUACGAUAAAUGAACCGAGUCGCGGCAAGUGGAAAGGAGAAAAACGCGAGUCGGAACGGCUGUCGGUCGCCUAAAGCACGAACGACGACGCGCGCGAUUUUCUCACUCGUUGAUGCAGGUCGCCUCGUCGAUGACGUCUUGAUUAAUUGAAGGACCGAUUCUCUCGCCCGGCGAAACUUAAUGAUCCUUACCGUUAUCGCAGUGCAACGACGGCCAGGUGCUCAAGCACGCCGUGACCAUCAAUCUGUCGCCGAAUGAUGAAAUGACGAUUACCCCGGGGCCAUUUUUUCCAGCAUUAGGUGGCACCGUGUUACAUGAAAUCGGCUGGAUGCACGCGAUGGCGGUCCCUUGAAUUGGGAAGCAGCGUGCCGAUAAAGCCGGGCGACGUUUGCUCGCUGCUGCCCGACAAAUGUUGGUUCAAGAUCAUCUCGAUGCCCGACACGAUGCAGGAAGGUGAUCAGACGUUGAAGAGAAAGGUCGAUCAGGAAGAUUCGAAUGACGAAGCGGAAAGUAAGAAGGCCUGCUUAUUGUCGAGCAUGGAAGCGGCCGUCUCUCCUGUCAAGCCUACGAACGACGUUCCUCGGGAUGAGGAGCCGCCGAGCCAGCCGAAGGAAUGUCCCGUUAAUGGAAAUGGGGAACACGGGGACGCAGCUGCUCCAGUCUUGCAGACCAAUCCCGCAAGCUCUCCGCAGGGAAACGACAUGCCCGCGACGAGUUCCAAGAUGUCGACAGAUUCUCAGGAUGAGCGCCCUCCGCCCGUUGAGCGCGAGAGUAGCAGAAAGCGGAAAGCAAAGAACAUCAACGUGAUGAGUAAAGCCGCAACGAACGGCGAUCCGGGCAAGAGGAUCAAGUGGGACUGCGGCGCGCACUUCAGCGAUCAGAUUGAAGCGGAUCCUGACGAUCCUAAGUCGCCGGUUGCCGCGCCUCAAGAUCAAGCCAGUGCGUCGAAUCCCGAUCGAGUCCCCAGAGAAAAGUGCAUGUACGGUGGUCGAUGUUAUCGGAAGAAUCCAAAUCACAAGAACAACUACAGUCACCCGAACGAUUCCGAUUACGACGAGGUCGACGACCGGCAGGAGUGUCCGUACGGCAUGAAGUGCUACCGUAAGAAUCCGCAGCACAAGACGCAGUUCAAGCACACGGCCGCGCCGCGCCGCCGUCGAAGAGCCGCCACUCCCGUGCGCCCGGUGGUCGUCGACACGUCCGAGACGGAUGCGUCGUCCGCGGAGGAGUCCGUUGACGAGUCCGACUACGAGCCGUCCGUGUAUACCGAGAGUUCGGACGACUGGGACGACAGGAGCGAAUUGGACGACGGUACUACCGGCUGACGACAGAGCUCCAUCGAUCUUUCCGAUAUGCCAAAAGUGGAUGCCAUACAUUUUUCGAAAAGAUCAAAUUAUUGAUACGUCCGAAAUACAGAUCUAUUUUGUUAUGGAAUAUUUAUUUUUGUACACGGAUUUAAAAUAUUGUGCCUUGUAUAUUCUAUUCGUUUUAUUUAGAGAGAGAGAGAUAUAUAUA